GUGAAAAGACAAGACUCCCAACAUCACCUAGACUAGCUUUUUCCAACACGAGAAGAAGGGGAGGAGGACGCGUAAUAAGUGCAGGCGCGUCCAAUGCGUGCCAGCCGAACAAAAGCAAUAAGCGGGUAAAAAGGAUCAGCAAUACAUUGGAAUAAGAGUUUAUCUCGAGAAGUCCGGAAAAGCAAGAAGAUUUUGCCACAAGAAAAAAGACAGUCUAAAUGAGUACUUGAUAAGAGAGAGUCAUGCAUCUCAACAGAGAAGAAGACAACAGCAAAGGCUCAGUGUCUCUCAGUGUAUUCCUGCUGUCUGUUGCAUUCGUAGUAUGUGCCGUUUGGCUGGUAGCUCUGUGUGGCGUCUGCACCUGGUGUCAGCGUAAACUGGGGAAGAGGAAUAAGCCAGGGGUGGAGGCUGCCAGCUCUCCAGAUUCUGUGAGAGGUCGAGGGGAAAAUAAAGCCAUCAAUGAUCUAGACAGAGACUUUUGGAAUAACAAUGACAGCAGCAAUGUGCAGCAGAGGUGGAGCUCCUACCCACCCAAGGAGUUCCUCUUAAACAUGUCUCCGUAUGCUCCCUAUGGAGAUCCUCGCCUCACGCCCAAUGGGGCUGUGGAUAAGGGUGGGCAGGGCGGUGCUGGACCCUCACCAGGGGCCAGUGACGGCGGGGGUGGCGCUUGCUCUGGUACAGGGGCGGGGCCAAGUCGCAGUGACAGCGUUCGAAGCAUGGUGUCAGGGGGCAGCAAGCCCGGGCGCUGGCAGACGAUCCAAAACCACAUGCAUGCCGGAGGCCUGCGGUUUGGCAAUUUCGGGGACGCCUCCCUGUCAUCUGCCUCCACCCUGGAGCACAUCCCGUCCUCGGCCGUGGGCCGCCCUCGGCCUCUCGUCCGACAGCAGAGCCUCCAGCAGCCGCUCACUCACCAGCCCCCACCGGGUCCCAACGACCCCCCAGUCACCUCGCAGAGUCUGGGUCAGCUCCACACAGGUCCGGGCGGCGGGGGCCACCGUGGGGGCCCGCGGGGGGUCCGGGGGAGUCCGGCUGGAGCCUCCCGAUGCAGGGGAGGAGGUGCCGGCCGAUCCCGAUCAAAUCCAGGCAGCUGGGACCACAUGAUGGAGCAGAUCCGACACAGAGGGCUGGACGUCAAGUCCUUCCUUGAGGGGAAGAUGGUUGUUCUGUCUCUAGCAAUCGGGCUGGCUGAAACGGAUGACUUUGCCAAUCUCCCAGAUCUUCAAGAAGCACCGGCAAGCAAAGAAAAUGAAACCACACCAGAGAAAAGAACUCCUGGCAACAAACCAGGCAGCAGUCCCAGAGGUCAGACUCCAGAUGAGGCAGGACGCCGCCAGGGACAGAGCAACGAGGCCAACUCUUCUGUUUCUGACUUGGCCAACUCAGUCACCAGUGACAUGCUCAUGCUGUCGCCAGGUUCAGAGGAGGAAGAACACGAGGGUCCAGUGUGUGAGAAGCUGGGUCGUAUUCAGUUUAGUGUUGGAUACAGUUUUCAAGACUCAACCCUCACCGUCAAAAUUCUCAAGGGCCAGGAGUUACCUGCUAAGGAUUUUUCUGGCACUUCUGAUCCUUUUGUCAAAAUCUACCUGCUGCCAGACAAGAAGCACAAACUGGAGACUAAGGUCAAGAGAAAAAAUCUAAACCCUCACUGGAAUGAGACCUUUUUGUUUGAAGGGUUCCCCUAUGAAAAGGUGGUUCAGAGGACUCUGUACCUGCAGGUUCUGGACUACGACCGUUUCAGCAGGAAUGAUCCCAUAGGAGAAGUAUCUAUCCCACUCAACAAACUGGACCUGGCCAACAUGCAGACUUUCUGGAAGGAGCUGAAACCAUGUAGCGAUGGCAGUGGAAGUCGAGGGGAUCUGCUGGUGUCCCUGUGUUACAACCCAACAGCCAACACCAUCACUGUGAGCAUCAUCAAAGCCCGCAACCUCAAAGCCAUGGACAUUGGAGGCACUUCUGACCCCUAUGUAAAAGUGUGGUUGAUGCACAAGGACAAGCGCGUGUUGAAGAAGAAGACAGCGGUAAUGAAGCGCUGUCUGAACCCUGUUUUCAACGAGUCCUUCCCCUUUGACGUGCCUGCCCACGUGUUGAGGGAGACCACCAUAAUUAUCACCGUCAUGGAUAAGGACAGGCUCAGUCGCAAUGAUGUCAUUGGAAAGAUUUAUCUUUCAUGGAAGAGUGGUCCCGCAGAGGUAAAACACUGGAAAGACAUGAUGGGUCAUCCUCGUACUACUGUGGCUCAGUGGCACUCUCUGAAGGCAUAAGGACCCAGCAUCCAAACUACCUACAGUGAUUUUCUCCCCCCACAGAAUUCAGCAUCAACUUCUCAGCCCCUAUUCUCAACACAUAUUCUUUCCUCCUCAAAUACAGUGUUGGGCUGUGCACCAUGCAUCGUCUCUUUGUCCUCAGGCCUCUUUGAUAUUCCUUACCGUCAGUCCUUAUGACACCAUUUUUAAAUUUCAGCCCUUGUCAAGUUCGGAUUUCCACCUGACUCCCUCCUGUCUGUCUGAACUUUAAAAAGUCUUUGAUGUCUCUACUUCCUUGUGCCCUCUUUCUAGGAUGUAUCUUUUUCAAGAUAUUCCUCAAUGUUUUUUCCAUCAUGUCAGGCAUUCCCAGAAUUUAACAUCAGAGCAGUACCUCUUCCUACUCAUUAAUACAAACUAACAACCAAAACCGAUCUAACUGCUUGUCAAACCGUCCUGUACGGCAGCAAGAUGGACUAUGUUCAAACAUGCGUGUGAGUGUGAACGCCACUGGCCUGUGGAGCCCAUUUGCCACCUACAUCUGAUGUGGUAAUGAGGAGAUUCCCACUCUGCUUCUCUGCCUUUUUUAUGUUCAAGUCCUCCUUCAUUUCUGCUCCUCUACACCCUUAAAACCCCUGAAAAAUCAGGAAAUUGGCGCAGGCAACGGAAGAGUGACGUGCUGAAUUUAAAAAAGACUGGAACCAGACUCUUUGGCUCAAUUUAUGUUUGAUCUUUUUCACUUUUCACUCUUACCACUGUAAUAAUUCUCCCUUGGCUGGAAACCUUUGUUGUCUGUGCGUGAUGUGGGUGACGUGCUGUAAUCCCAAAUGAAGUUCUUCAACUAAAAAAGAUGGAAAAGAAGGAUGUGAAAAUGAACAUUUAACACUGGUCUGAUAGGGAAAAUGUAAAAAAAUCUAAAAUCAAAAAAGAACUUUUGUGAAAGAAAUCUUGAUGGACUGAAAAAAAUGAGUACAGUGAUUAAUGUUGUGUUUCUUUCUUUCCAAAUAACUGAGAAUCAAUCUGUUCUUCCAGACACAGAAAAUAGGCAAAAAUGUGCUUUAAAAAGUGUGUGUGUGUGUGUGUGUGUGUGUGUGUGUGUGUGUGUGUGUGUGUGUGUGUGUGUGUGUGUGUGUGUGUGUGUGUGUGUGUGUGUGUGUGUGUGUGAGAGAGAGAGAGGGAGAGAUGAAGUAUUUGCAAAUGCACGUCAAGGUAAAAGGUAUUAUUGAUUUCUUUUGUCAGUGAAAUUGUGUCAGUGUCAGUCCACCCAAAUUACAGACCAACAUACAAUACCUCCUAAUGGCCUACAUAAAAAACUUUUUUUUCUUGCUUCCUUUAAUACAAAAAAGUUAAAAAAAAAAAUUAUCAUCAAAACAUUUGAACUUCAUUCAUGUUGCAGUGUCAUAACUUUAAGAUGAAAGCUAUCAAAUUUUGGAGCGGAAGAUUCUUUUGGAUGGUAUUGAUGAUACGAAAUUCAUCAGCCUUGAAACAGAAUCUAAAAUCAUGAAGGUGAAUAUAAACCAAGGCUUCAAUACUUUUUCUGCCUAAAGCAACCUAGACAGCUUGUGGAAACAAGGAUAAACUAUAAAGCCACUACAAGUAGCAAUAUCAGCAGGAGCUGACACGUGAGCUUUCUUGUAAUAUGCUUAGCCCCGUGUGGUCAGAGGUGGUAUUGCUACAGCGUCAGCGGGUGCCUUUAAGUGAAGAGCAAUGGGGAAAAAAGAGUCGAGAGCAAUAACUUGCAGAACAGGCACACAAUUUAGGACUGAAGCCCUGGCAUGCUGUGACAAGUACGUUCAGCCACAUUGACAUGCAGUGCCCUCUCAACCAGUUAAGUCACACUGCCCUUUUACUGUAGCUAAAGAAACUGCUUUUCUGACUUGAAAAAGUAAUUGAAUAUUCAUGAAAUUGUUGCUAUUAGAAGAUAUAGAAUGAUGUUAAAGUUAGACUGAACACUUCUAUUCAAAGGUGCUGAUCUCUCUCCUAAGCUCACAGCCGUGUUGAACUGCCUGGAGAGAGACACAUACUAAGACAUUCUGAAAUGUUAUUUUUUCCUCAUCGAAAACAUGGUAAUUGAAAUCAUACAUUUUCUGCAUAGUUUUCUAAAUUGUAUUUGUUUUUCUGUAAGAUUCUUAAGGUCCUUCUGUUUUCCUCCAGUCUGGUUAUAUUUGCACAUAUCCUGUAGGAUUAAGGUAAUGAUUAGUAAAAACCCCAAACAACCAUAAUAUCCACAUUGUUACCAGUGAAAAAACCAUACCUACAUUAGAGAGACAAAACAAAAAUAUCUGAGAGCAAGGACCUCUAAAAUAAAAACAAGUGUUGGUGCAUUUUGGUUCAAUACCAGUCUGUCAUGCCAGGAACGAAUAAGAUUACUAUUAAAUGCAAUCAGAAGAAAAAGAGCAAGACAGUCUACAUUGAAAACUUAAGUUUUCAAAUUUUUUAUCUUUGUUGGUUUUGUAAUUUGGCUGAACUGACAAUUUAUCAAAACAAACCGAAAGGUGAUUUGUCAAGAAAUUCCAUGUGAAUUAAAUAAAACCUGUGAAUGGAACCACACACGAUCCCUGUGACACAUGUAACGAUGUCUUACUGAGAUGCAUCAAGCUGUGCAUCAUAGCCCAAAACACUGCAAUGCGCCAACGUUAUUGGACCUGAUUUAAUGCUUUUAAAGUGGUUUUGACCAAAGUGCAGGUCAGUCUUCCAGGUGUUUGCUUUACUGCCUGAGUGACCUUCAUUGAGUCAAAAUAGACACGUUCAUAUGAACGAAAACACAUAAGAGUAAUAAUAUUUGUGGGGAGGGGAGUACUCUUACAUUCCACUGUUUGUUGUUGUCUACUGGAUGUGUGCUUUGAACUUUGCUUUGAGUGAUUGUAUUUAUCGUGGGUCCCUUUGUGUAUAUCUGCACUGAGUUCUGUUUUGCCAGUUUAAUACAGAACAGCAUUGUUUACUGUUUUUAUUCUUUAUGAAUUGAAAUGUGAAAAAAAAGAAAAAAAGGCUUCUUUUCUUUUCCUUUUAAAUAUUACUGCACUUGUUGAGGACAAUGCUGGAACAAACCUCUCUUAAAAGCAGGGUUAUUUUCCUCUUUUCUGGUUGGGCUGGAGAGGCAAAUGUCUUACAUAUGAGCUAAGGGUGAAGGUUACAGGUAUGAUAUCACAAACAAGCUUUAUCGCAACCCGAGAUCAAAGCUCUUUAAUGAUCAUCAUACAGCAGAUUUUUAUUUUUGGCAGAAGCGGCUACCAACAUUUUGUCCUGAAUGUCCUAUCCAUCCUUCCUCUCUCAUCCAAUUCACUAGAAAGGGAAGGGCAGCUCUUUAACAUCUUUGCUGGCUCUCUCCCAAAACACCCCCAUUGUGCACACAUGCUUUCUGGCACAAAGAUGUCAGUGUGUGCCUUAUAAAACCUGCCACGCCUUGUUCUUCGCCAUAUGCGCUCUCUCACCAAGAGUCAGCAAGGGGGAAGGUAAAAAAAGGUGAGACAUAUGAUAAUCAUCACCUCUCUGCAUCACUGUUAGCUACAUCUCAGGUCAGAGCGCAGCGUCGGAGCAUCCUAAAAUAAGCAAGAACAGUCAUCUGUCUGUCCUGAUGGCGCUGUGUUAAGCAGGAGAUUAUUUUGAACACAGCUGACACAGAAUUACAAUCCAAAGGCUUCGCGGGAGUCACUUCAAUCAAUGCAACUUAAAUAUUGGGUAAUGAUAAGUCAGGGUUCAGGUUAUACUUAAGAAAUCGAGCUAAAAAAAUCCUCUUUCUAAGCUUUUCACCUGCCAAAUACUACAUACUAGUAAAGUUUACUGGACAAGCUCGCAUUUCUGUUUUAGGGCAUUCUCUUAAGGGACUGAAUGAAAAAAAAGAGAGGUUAACCAGCAAUAUUUAUGUUUAUAUUCUAUAUAAAUAAUUUCAAGAGUCCUGUAUGUUUGAAAAAAAUAUCUGUAUUUAGUGGGGUUUUUUGAUAUUUGUCUGUCCUUGCUUUCACUAACCCCUCUCUUUCACCCCCUUUUCUCUUUGUAGUCACACAUCCAUGGGGUGCACAAUGUUAAA